AUGAAUGAAUAUGCACCACUUGAUGAAGUGAGCAAUGCCAGUUAUGCUAAUUGUACAGAUAAUCCAGGUAUACUAGCAACAACCUCCACUACAAGUGAAGAUGUAAACUAUGAUGAUAAUGAUGAUAAUAGUGACGAAAAACAUUGGUAUCUUUAUGUGUUGGACCAUCCUUAUGACGGCAUAUACAGAUGCAAUUAUUUGUUGUCAGCAGAUCUAGACAACUUGAUUUAUUUAGAUUCUUGUGAUUUUUCAUCAAUUACAAAUAAAGAUACAAAGGAUUAUGGAAUUUUAGAUAGCGAUAAAAAUUCCAAACUUGGAGUUUAUCAAGCCCACUUCCAUAUUGAUCAAAAUGGUCCCCAUGAACCUGGAUCAAGACGUCAAGUAUCCAUUGAAAAAACUGGAUACAUAAGAGGCGUU